AUGUGGGCCUUUGAUCACGAGGUAAACAUGUGGUUCGUAAAGAGAAAUUCUGGAAUUCUUGAAUACUACCAGAGCAUCCAUGAUUUCAACUCAUGGACGAAAGUUGAUAUUAUCGAACUCUCAAGGGCCCCAUUUCACAAUCCUUCACAGGAUCCCAGUGCGUCUAACUUCAAAUUAUUUCUAGACAAGCAGGUCAGGGAAAACUUCUCAAAGAUGAAAACUGCAAAAGCCCUGUAUAGAAAAGAUAAGGAUGUUAUUGAUCCUGAAUCUGGUGAGCCAAUGAAGAUCAUACUGUGGCCAGCAACAAAACAAUGCUUGCUCCCUAUGGUAAUCCCUGAAGACGUGGCUAAACCUGCUACACCCGUGGCAACCCAGAUCACUGAGCAUAUUCCGAAAUUAACUCGGAGUAAUCAUGGUGCAUGCGGAAUCCUCUCCGCGAGAUACAUAUGUCCAAAGAUCUCUAAAAGAUUCCUUGACAUGUUGGAUGGCAUCUGA